GAGAAGGCCAGUCGGAGUUGGAUCGGAGACUGUCUUCGACCAGCCGUUACCAGACGCAUCUGGACUGGAGCCGCAGCACAGCAGCUAACCCGUCCUUUCCAUUUAAUUAAUACGGACACUUUUUCAGAAUUUAGUAUUUAUUUAAUUUUUCAACCUGUCGUUCAGGUGGACUCUGGAUAGUUGCCUCCCUUCCCCUCACCCUUUCUACCGUGUAAAAGGAACUAAGACAUGCACCCUCCCCCAUCGCUCCUCUCCCUCCUCCUCCACCUCUCCCUGUACCCCAGUGCAUGCUGGUCCUCCAGGAUCAUCGUAGUCCCUCCCAUCAUGUUUGAGUCCCAUCUCUACAUCUUCAAGACCCUGGCCACAGAACUCCACCUCCAGGGACAUGAUACUUCCUUCCUGCUGUCAGAGGGGCGCCAGGUGCCCCCCUCCCCCCACUACACCUUCCAACGUUACCCAGGCAUCUUCAACUCCUCCACAGCCGACAGUUUCCUCCAGUCAAAGGUCAGCAACAUCUUCUCUGGUCGUCUCACGGCGUUGGAACUCUUCGACAUCCUCGAUCACUACGCCCAGAACUGCGACGCCGUUGUGGGAAACAAAGAGGUCAUGACCCAACUCAAGGAUGCCAAAUUUGACCUUUUAUUGGUCGACCCCAACGAGAUGUGUGGGUUUGUGAUCGCCCACAUCCUCGGGGUUCCCUACGCUGUCUUUUCCACGGGCCUAUGGUACCCAGCGGAGGUCGGUGCUCCUGCCCCUCUCUCGUACGUCCCAGAGUUCAACUCUCUCCUCACCGAUCAGAUGUCUCUAGUCCAGAGGAUUACCAACACGGCGGUGUACCUGGUGUCCCGGUUCGGUGUUCAGUACCUGGUGUUACCUAAGUACGAGCGCAUCAUGAGGAAGCACGGCGUGGAGCCGCGGGUGGCCAUGCAGGAUCUGGUUCAGGGGAGCAGGCUGUGGAUGUUGUCUACUGAUCUGGCCCUGGAGUUCCCGAGGCCCACUCUACCACAUGUUGUCUAUGUAGGGGGGAUACUGACCAAACCUGCCAGCCCGUUACCUCAGGACUUUGAGUCGUGGGUAAAUGACACGGCGGAGCAUGGCUUCGUGGUGGUAUCGUUUGGCGCUGGGGUCAAAUACCUCUCAGAGGACAUCACUCACAAACUGGCUGGAGCCCUGGGCAGGCUGCCCCAACGCGUGGUCUGGAGGUUCUCGGGGGGUUCCGCCCAGUAACCUAGGCAACAAUACCAAGUUGGUGGAUUGGAUGCCUCAAAACGACCUGUUGGGCCAUGCCAGAACAGUAGCGUUCCUGUCCCACGGUGGUCUGAACAGUAUCUAUGAAGCGAUGUACCACGGUGUCCCUGUAGUGGGACUACCUCUGUUUGGGGACCACUACGACACUAUGACCCGGGUGGAGGCUAAAGGGAUGGGCAUCAUGGUUCACUGGAAGAGUAUGACAGAGGAGGAGCUGUACCAGGCACUGGCCACUGUUAUCAACAAUAACAAGUAUCGUCAACGUGCCCAGGUGCUCUCUUCCAUCCAUAAGGACCAACCAGGUCACCCGGUAACAAGAGCUGUCUAUUGGAUAAAACUACAUCCUCCGUCACCAUGGCGCCAACCACUUACGAUCCUCUGUCUACACUGUCCCCACCUACCAGUACUUCCUAUUGGAUGUUGUGCUGGUCGUAGGGGCGGGGCUGGCCCUGAUUGGCUACCUGUUUUACCGGAUAGCAGGGCUACUAAGGUCAAAGGUUAAGGUUCAGGAGCGGGGGGGAGAGGUUACCCUCGGUGACGGCGAUGACAAGGCAAACGGACAUUGCCAUAGCAACGGAGCGGUCUCUAAUGGGAAGCUCAAACGCAACGGAGCGCCGGUGAAGAACGACAAGAAGAUGAAGUAAAGGGGCGGAGACUCUGUUCUGGGGUCAGAGGUCGGAGAGGAAGCUGAUUCUACUGUAGCGAUUUAGGGUUUAAGGGAGAACAGAACAUUCCUCGUUUUUGGGAGACUGCAGAAAGACAGGGAUGAGAUGUGUCUGUGCGUGUGUGUGUGUGUGUGUGUGUGUAUGUGUGUGUGUGUGUGUGUGUGUGUGUGUGUGUGUGUGUGUGUGUGUGUGUGUGUGUGCGUGCGUGCGUGCGUGCGUGCGUGUGUCUGUGUCUGUGUGUGUGUGUGUGUGUGUGUGUGUGUGUGUGGUUCGUUUCGUGGGAAGGGAAGAGGGUUUACAACCAAUGCAAAACAAAACAACAACAACAACAACAACAACCACCAAGGAGCUGGAAAGUCCCAAAGUUCCCCCCCCUCUCUCUUCCUCUCUCUCUCUCUUCCUCUCCUCCCCUCCUUCCUCCCCUCCUUCCUCUCCUCCCCUCUCUCCCUCCUCUCUCUCUUCCUCU